AUGGCUGCUAAUAGGAGGAGGAGAAAUAGUGGUGUUGAUGACAUCGCGGAGGCUAUUCACCGGAUGGUGGACGCGAUGCAAACACUUGUGGCAGCGCAACCUAGGACGACCAUUGCACCUGUCAGGGUGCCAACUGUGGAGGACUUCUUGCGCCACAAACCAGUGGAGUUCAAUGACAAGGUCUCCCCGGAUGAAGCGGAUGCUUGGCUUCGCAAGUGUGAGAAGAUCUUUAAAGUGAUGAAUUGCCCUGAUGAGCAGAAGUUACUUUUCGCCACUUAUUUGCUGAAUGAUGAUGCGGAGUAUUGGUGGACGGGAAUGCAACAACAAAUGCAGACCCGAGAUGAACAUGUGGAGUGGACUAGCUUCAGGACGUGGUUCCUGGAGAAAUAUUUCCCCGACACAGCCAGACAAGACAAGGAGGCAGAGUUCCUCGCACUGCAGCAGGGAGACAUGACAGUGCAGGAGUACAUGAAUAAAUUUGAGCAUCUGGCGAGAUUUUCUUCACAGAAUAUGACAGAAGAGUGGAGGUGUUUGAAGUUUGAGUGA